AUGGCAACUAUAAAUAAUAAUAAUACAUCAUUAGAACCAAUAGCUGUUAUAGGUAUAGCAUGUGAAUUCGCAGAUGUUGGUAGCGCAACAACAAUUGAUCGAUUUGAUCUUAAAUCAUUUACUGCUCAUAUGUUUAAUAUGGAUAAUAAUGGACAACUUCAUCAAAAACUUCUUCGUGCUGAUGCUGAACCAGCCGGUAUUGAUCCAUGUCAUCGAUUACUUAUAUUAAAAUUUGUUGAUUUACUUGAUGGUGCUGAACAUAGUGUUGGAAAAAUGUCAGAUGAUGGCCUUGAUCUUUUAUUAUUAAAACAAUUAAGUGAUGCUGAACGUGAUGGCGAUCCAAUUGAAGCUAAUUGUUUAGAUCGAUUCUUUAAUCGAUCAAAUCUUGAUCCACCAUUAUUAUUAGAUUUACUUAAGAGUAAUUUAGGACAUACAGAAGGUGCAGCUGGUGUUCUAUCACUUAUUAAAGUUGCUAUGUGUAUGUAUCAUCGUGGUAUUACAGCAAAUAUGCAAUUUACUUCACUUAAUCCAAAAAUAGAUGCACAAAAAUAUAAUCUACAUGUUGUUCAAAAUUUUAUACCAUUUCCAUCUCUUCCAAAUAAUGGAAAAAUAGCUAUAGGUGUUAAUUCAUUCGAAACGGUUGGUUCAACGACACAUGCUAUUAUUGAAGAAUAUUAA